UCAAGAGCGCAGCAACAGCCCACACGUAGCCUAUGCUGAGCGAGCGCGCGGAGCGGAGAAACGCCUGGCAGACCCGGAGCACAACGCGAGGCAGCCAAACCGCUGUCUGUCAUUAGCUGAGAGUGUGACACAGGAGUGACAGAGGGGAGAGAGGAGAAGGAGAAGGAGGGAGGAGUGAGCGGUCCCGGUAAACAGACGAGCCGGCCUGAGAGGAGCCGAAGAAAAAAAGAAGAAGAAGAAGACCCCGAGAGAGAGGAAGGGCAGAGAGGUAGAGAGAGGGAGACUGACAGGCGUUACCGAAAGACAAACCGAAGCGUCGACAUGAGCGGUCAGUUUGAGGAAGAUAUCCACGACCGGGGCGAGAGGAAGAGCAGUAAAUCCCCGACACUGCUCUCCUCUUACUGCAUAGACAGCAUUCUGGGCCGCAGGAGUCCCUGUAAGGUCAGACUGAUAGGGGCUCAAAGUUUGACGGGUCUGCCCGGCAGAGUGGAGCUCGACAGGACCGCCGACGGGCCAACUAAAGAGCCAAUCUCUCUCAGCGCUGACAUGCACCUGCCUCCAAAGCUCCGCCGGCUGUACGGACCUGGGGGGAAGUAUCUCCAUGAGCACGCAGAGAAGCUGGAGAGGGAAAGGCUCCUGCUGGAGCAAGCUAGCGAAAGCCUCAAAAUCAGCCAGGCGCCACAGGUGAGCAUCAGCCGUAGCAAGUCCUACCGAGAGAACGCGUCGCUGAGCCGGGGAGAGGGUGACCAGAGCCCCGGAGAGGCCUCGGAGGAUGGCAGCAUGGGACUGGUGGAGCUCGGUCCGCUGAAGUUCGAGGAGGACGCAGGGAAGGAAGAAGAGGGCUGCGGGGACGCGGUGGCGCUAUCCCCGAAGGACGAGGAGAGGGAGAGUUUGAACGCCGGGGAUGGGGACGUGAGGGACGGGGAAGACAGCGUGUGUCUGUCGGCGGGCAGUGACUCGGAGGAAGGGAUGCUGAAACGGAAGCAGAGAAGAUACAGGACUACCUUCACCAGUUACCAGCUGGAGGAGCUGGAGAGAGCUUUCCAGAAGACUCACUACCCCGAUGUCUUCACCAGAGAAGAGCUCGCAAUGCGCCUGGAUCUCACCGAAGCCCGCGUUCAAGUGUGGUUUCAAAACCGAAGGGCCAAGUGGAGGAAACGCGAGAAGGCCGGGGUGCAGGGCCACCCAUCAGGCCUGCCAUUUCCAGGCCCUCUUGCAGCGGGCCAUCCUCUCAGCCACUACCUAGAGGGAGGACCCUUCCCUCCUCACCCACAUCCAGCUCUGGAGUCUGCAUGGACGGCUGCAGCAGCUGCAGCUGCAGCCUUCCCAGGCUUGGCUCCACCACCUCACAACGGCUCUGGCCCACCCUUGGCUGCCCCACUCGGCCUGGGCACCUUCCUGGGCACGGCUGCCAUGUUUCGCCACCCUGCCUUUAUUGGACCCACUUUUGGCAGGCUCUUCUCCAGUAUGGGUCCUCUGACCAGUGCUUCCACCGCUGCAGCUCUCCUCCGUCAGCCCGCACCUCCUGUAGAGAACCCCUCCCACACGGGGCCCGUCCUCCCUGACCCUUCCUCAUCUUCCUCCACUACUACUUCUUCAGCCGCAGCGGACCGCAGAGCCUCGAGUAUCGCCGCGCUGCGCCUCAAGGCCAAGGAACACUCAGCUCAGCUCACCCAGCUAAACAUCCUGCCCACCGGAGCCACAGGGAAGGAGGUGUGCUGAACACUCAACACCAGCUCUAGACCUCCCCGUCCUGGGCUUAUGUCCCAUCCCACGACACCCCACCCAAAACUUCUCCAAAUACCCCAUUUGUACCUCUGGAAGCUGAAGUCCUGUUUGCCCCCCCCCCCCCUCCAUGUUUAGCCAUCCCUGUUACCUCAUGUUUCCCCACCCCCAAAAAUAGCACGACCAAAUUUAAAGGAGCACUGGUUUUAUAAAGGUGUGUGUGUGUGUGUGUGUGUGUGUGUGUGUGUGUGUGUGUGUGUGUGUGUGUGUGUGUGUGUGUGUGUGUGUGUGUGUGCGUGGUAAUUGCAGUUAUUAUUACAUUGCUUUACACUCCAUACACACACUUCCCUGACAGACAGUCCACUAAAUUACAUAUUUAACUUUUUAAAAUGUUUCCACAUUUGGUUAUUUUAAGACACAGUCUAACAGAAGACUUUUAAAUAUUUCUUGAUUCUUUUAUAGUAUACAUGAACGUGACUUACACAGUCUAACUACCAAAUAGAUAAAAAAAAUACAAUUAAAUUAAUAAAUAAAAUAAAAAAAUCACCAUUGGAGGAAGGUGGAAGUAUAUUUACUAAAAUAAUGUACUUAAGUACAAAUAUUUUGAGUAUUUCUACUUCACUUUUGCGACAUUCCAAAGGCCUUUACGUUAUUUAAAUAUUAAAUACAAUUUAACUAGAUUAAAACUGUGUCCACUUAUUGUAAUCCAUUUUAACCUAAUUGUUUUUAAUAAAUGUGGGUGACACCAAAAGGCCGUUUUUAAUCCACAGUUUCUGUGCAUUUUUCUAAUUCUUUCUCUGCAUUCAAUUAUUUUAAAAACACCUUUUUCUUUUUUUUAACCGACCAUCUUCAGGCUGUUUUUACUUAAGAGUCUGUCAUCUUCCACACACACACACACACCCACACGCACGCGCGCGCUGUGAGAGCUGAAGAACCGCAGGGGAACCCAGACUUCUAGAAAGAAAUCUUGUGCUACUUCAAAUGUGGACAACGGCGAGUGCUCGACAUUAACACUGCUUAAUCUGUAUGCACUGAUGUGGGCUGAGCAGGUCUGCAUCUAUGACAAAGGCGUGUUGGAGGAGGUCCACCCUGAACCAAAGGAAAACUGUCCAUAGACCUUCCAUAGCCUUCUCUUCUACAAGCCUGACUCCUCUCCACUGCUCGCCUACCCGACCGUCACACUCAGCCGUCAUAUAUACGUAUAUAUAUAUAAAUAUAUAUAGGCCUAUAUUUUUAAAUCCCUGUAUCAGUUCAGUGUGGUUUAAGGUGGUUUGAGUCCACGUCAGCACGAGAUUUCUGUAAAUUUACUGCAAUUUUUCUCCUCCCUGUCUGAUUAUCGCAGCGGUGGCAUUUCCGCUGAGUGUGACUGCAGGGCACGCGAGCAGCGUAGAGAUCUGGUGUUUCUUUAAUGACCUGACUGUGUGAGAGAAAACUGUACAUACUGCGUUUAAAAAAUAAAAAAAGGGGGGGGGAAGUAAAAAAAAAAAAAUCAAAACAAGGUCGUGUAUAUUUCAAGAGACCGUGUUUUGAUCCUUUGCACUCGGUGUAGUGUGUAAUGAAUGUCGCCCUGUGUAGAAUUCCACCCGUGUUUAUCAAUUAUUAGGUUUUUAGAUAAUUAUUUAUGUCACCCUCCCUACCCCCCUUAAGGAAAUGAGUGAAGGACGCUUUUUGUUUUUGUUUUUCUUAUAAUUAUUAAGUGAUUGUACGUUUCCUGGUUUAAUAUAACUAAUUUGAAUAAAUUACAUUGGUAAAAUUUG